AUGGAUCUUAAAGCGUUGUUUCUCCUUGCUUGCAUGGCUGUCGCAACGUCAGCAUGGUCGAUUCCAUUUUAUCCGGUACCAAGAGGACCACUGAGGGUCACCAGGUUCGCCACACCACCACGUCAUUACAGGACACCGUUGGAGCCGGCUGCGGAAGAUGAACCACCACAGCAACGUCCCAAGCGAGGCCAUGACGACUACGGCCAUGAGUCGAGCCACCGAGGUACCAGCGGGAUCACUGGCCCAGUCCACACCUUCGUCAAGACUGAUAAGAACGCCAAUUACAAGUGGGGGGUCCGUCAUCACGUUGGCGACAAAUACGCCUCUUAA